AUGGAGGAUUUGUUGGAGAAAGAUGAAGAAAUGGGUUUGUUGAUGAAGAAAAUGUCUACAAAGAUGAAGAGUGAAGAAGAAAUUCCCUGUAGCAAAACUAUCAAUUUGUUUAUAACUGAUAACGAAAAAAAGGAAUUUGCACUGUUAGAGUUGUCAAAGCUUUUAUUAGUUUAUAACAAGACUCUUAGAGAUUUUCCAAACAUGCUUGUCAUGAAUGAACGAAGUAAUGUUACGUUCGAAAACAGCUUGUUGUGGAAAGAGUUAGCAUAUGAUCGGGCUGCUUUAUCUGAAGAGAGAAAAACUUUUCUUUGGAGGGCACUGUCAGCGUCUAUUAGAGCAAAAGGUCAUAUUGUUAUCAAUGUGUCUUCAAGUGGUAGCCAAUUAGCAGAACUAAUUGUUCAAGCUAAACUAAUCAUUUGGGAUGAAGCACCAAUGAUACACAAACAUUGUUUUGAGGCGUUGGAUAAAACAAUGAGAGAUUUAUUAAGGUUUGUCAAUGAGGAUAGUGAUAGUGAUGGUACUAUUGGAGUAGAUAAUGAUGGUUACGCUGAGUUUGAUAUCCCAUCAAAAUUGUUGUUGAAGUCAACUGGUGAUCCUAUUUCCACUAUUGUUCGAAGUACUUUCCCCAACUUUACUGGUGUCAACAUUGAUGGAAGUUGCUUUAAGAGUAGUGCAAUUCUAGUACCAACAUUAGAGGUGGCUAAUGAAGUCAAUCAAUAUAUGUCACACUUAACUUAA